AAGAAACUACCCUAGACCUAAUCAAACAUAACCCAUUUUUCUUCUUCUUCUUCUUCAUAUAUAUAUAUAUAUAAUCACCAAUCCGUUUCUCAACUCCACCCUAAACCAGCUCCAAAUUCCUUUCUAACAAUGGCUGGUCUGAUCAGUUACUUCUGUUUUGCAAACCUACCUUCAUUAGAAAUUGAUAUUGCCCCACUUUGUUAUUUCACAUUCUGCAUGGCUCAAUUCAUCUUUUGCAGAAUUAUUUUCAGAACUCAGGAUUGUUUCUGUCCAUCCGGCAUCUGUUCUUUAUCAGAAGACAGUGAUUUCAGACAUGUGAUCAAUGACAAAGACGGGUUUGAACUUGAUUCUACAAAGCAAAAGCAGAAACAAAUUUACAGAGAAGAAGUGGAGAUGGUAAUGGGAAAACUGGGAAUUGAUUGUGUUUGUGACCCUGCAGAAAGAGAAGUAGAAGCUUAUGUUCGUGAUGACUUUUUGAAGCUUUUGGAGGAAAAAGAACCGAGCUUGGAAGAAAUGAAAGAAGCAUUUGAUGUUUUUGAUGUAAAGAGAGAUGGGUUUAUUGAUGCAGAGGAAUUACAGAGAGUUAUCUGUUCUUUAGGAUUUGGGAUUAAUGGAGGAUUAGAAGAUCAGCUUGAUAAUUGCAGGAGGAUGAUCAGAGUAUGGGAUUUCAAUGGCGAUGGAAUGAUUGAUUUAAAUGAAUUCAUCAAAUUAAUGGAGGCUGCCUUUUCUUAAA